GCCUUUACCUUUGACACAAACCCACGCUUCUGUUAACUCACCAACCACUACCACCACCACCAUCAUCACCACCACCUCCUCCUCCCUUAUAUAACUGCCCAUCUCCAUUACCCAUCUCAACCAUUACUCCUCUGUCUAAUCUCCCUCUCCUUCUUACUCUCUCUCCCUAAUAUUUUCUUGAAGGAAUUAACAGGCAACAAUUUCUACAAUGGCCGAGGAGGUUCAGAAGGGAGCUCAAGAAGAGUUGGCGAGGCAAGUAGAAGAAGAAGAAGAAGAAGUGGUAGUAGUUGCUGAUGUUCCACAAGCAGGGAAAAUGACACCAACACCAGCACCGCCGCCGCCGUCGAUUCAGGUUGUUGAGAAAGAGGCACCACCAGUUCCAGAGACUGAGGAAGAACCUUUGAAGCCAAAGCAGGCUGAGCAGGCAGUACAAACUGAAGUAUUGAAACCCAGUGGCGGUAAUGAUGAGAAAAUCCCUGAGCCGCUUUCUUUUAAAGAAGAGAGUACUAAAGUUGCUGAUCUCUUGGAUUCUGAGAAGAAAGCUGUUGAAGAGCUUAGACAACUAGUUCAAGAAGCUCUUAAUAAGCAUGAAUUUACUAACGUAAAUCCCUCGGUGGCACCAGCUAAAGAGGAAAAAGAAGAAGCUGCAAAAGCGCAAGAAGAGCAGAAACCAGCACAAGAAGAACCGGCACCAGAAGAAAAACUAAAGGCAGAGGACAAAGUUGUAGUAGAAGCAGAAGAAACCAAAGAUGAAGUUGAAAAAAAUGAAAAAAUUGAAACAGUGCAAACAGAUGUUUCUGAAGAAAAUAAGGUGGUUCAUCCUUGCGAUGCUAUGGAUGAUGAUGGUGCAAAGACUGUGGAAGCUAUUGAAGAGACUAUUGUGGCAGUCUCUUCUUCAGCUCCACAAGAGCAGACUUUGCCUCUUGUCGCCAAAGAGCCGGAAGCAAAGGAAACUGUCUCAUCCACAGUGGAGGAGGAAGCCAAAGAUGUUAUACAAGUGCCGCCAGAGGAAGUUUCUAUCUGGGGAAUUCCACUUCUAGCAGAUGAGAGAAGUGAUGUGAUUCUUUUGAAAUUUUUGCGCGCCAGGGAUUUUAAGGUCAGAGAUGCAUUCACCAUGCUUAAGAACACUAUUCGAUGGAGAAAGGAAUUUGGCAUUGAUGAAUUGCUUGAAGAAGACUUGGGUGAUGAUUUAGGAAAAGCAGUUUUUAUGCACGGUUUUGAUAAAGAAAGGCAUCCAGUAUGCUACAAUGUGUAUGGGGAAUUUCAAGACAAGGAGCUUUACCAGAAAUGUUUUUCUGAUGAAGAGAAGAGGAAUAGGUUCCUGAAGUGGAGAAUCCAAUUCUUGGAAAGGAGUAUUAGGAAAUUGGAAUUCACCCCUGGUGGUAUUUCCACCAUUGUUCAGGUUAAUGACUUGAAGAAUUCCCCUGGACCUACAAAGAGGGAGCUAAGACAAGCUACCAAACAGGCACUUCAAUUGCUCCAAGACAACUAUCCUGAAUUUGUAGCAAAACAGGUGUUCAUCAAUGUGCCUUGGUGGUACCUAGCUUUCAAUAAAAUGAUGAGCCCAUUUUUGACGCAGAGGACUAGAAGCAAGUUUGUCUUUGCAGGCCCUUCCAAAUCUGCAGAGAUCCUUUUCAGGUAUAUUGCUGCUGAGCAAAUACCUGUCAAGUAUGGAGGCCUGAGUAAAGAUGGAGAAUUUGGCACAACCGACACUGUCACUGAGAUCACUAUUAAACCAGCAGGAAAACACACUGUUGAAUUUCCUGUUUCUGAGGCAUGUCUUCUAACUUGGGAAGUCAGAGUAGUAGGAUGGGAUGUGAAUUAUGGGGCAGAAUUUGUACCAAGUGCAGAACAAAGCUACACAGUCAUAAUACAGAAGGCGAGAAAGAUUGGUGUGACUGAAGAACCAGUGGUCUGCAACAGUUUUAAAAUUGGGGAACCUGGUAAGAUUGUGCUAACCAUUGACAAUCCCACUUCUAAGAAGAAGAAGCUCCUUUACCGUUUGAAAACAAAGCUUUCUUCUGAUUAAACCCAGCACAAAGACAACAAAGGAGAUUUACUUUGAGGCUGUGUCUUUUAUGUUUCGUUAUAUAUUUUUGGAUUUUCAGAGAAUAUGUUGUGUUAUAGUGAAUUUGGUGUUGCUUUGUGGGAAUGGAAUUAGGGAGCAAGGGAAGGUUUGGGAGAUAGGGAAGAAGUGCUACUGCUUCAAGAUUAUCCUUUUUUUUUUUUGUUUUCUUUUUCUGAUUCUUCUGUCCCUGGCAUGCUGUAAUUAGAUAUUUAUCUUCUUGGACAUAAAUUAUAUAAUUCUUUUAUUUUCAUUUUUA